AUGUCAAUAGUAAUUGAUAAUUUUCUUUAUUUGGGUUCAAUAGAAGAUGCAUGUACACCAUUAUUAUUAGAACAAUUUAAUAUAACACAUUUAGUUAAUUUAAGUUUAACGAAAAUAAUUCUUGAUAAUUCUUAUGAAAUUCUUCAUUUACCAUUACAUGAUAGACUUGAUGAAUAUAUUAUUAAUUAUUUAAAACAAGCUAAUCAAUUUAUUCAAACAUGUCGUUUAAAAAAUAAUGGACGAUGUCUUGUCUUUUGUAAACAUGGAAGAUCAAGAUCAGUUGCAAUUGUUUUAGCUUAUUUAAUUGAACAUGAUGGUCAUACAUUAUCAUCAGCUUAUUUAUUAUUAUCAAAUAUUCGUCCAACUAUUUCACCAAAUCGAAAUUAUCUUAAUCAAAUAAUUGAAUAUUCUUCUCAAAUCGAACAAAAUCGUUCUUCACUUAUUUAUUCAUAA